AUGACGAACGCGUUGCCAGCAUGCAGUGGCGUCUUUCUGCGUGCCAACUGCCCGCACCCUCGGCUUUUCAAGGAAAAAUACACGCGGAGUAACCGAAAUCGGGGCACGAAGAUCUUACGGUGUUUUCCUCACUGCUGUCCAGAUCAUAUGGACAGAAGUUAUUGCGGGUCGUCGCUCGACGUUGUGUUGCGUUUCGAUCCUAUGUCGGAUGUCUCCCAACCUGUUUUAUGUGACCAGGAUAGCCAAUAUUUCGCGCCAUUUGACAUCAGAAAUGUUCAUGUUUUCGCUCGUUUUGAAGUCGAUGGCGAAUCUUCAGAUGGCGCAUUCUCGUUGCAAUACCUGCGUAGCAUUUCACAGAGUGAAGAAAACCCGGAAGCUUCGUGGAUGGAAGGCAUACGAUGUAUUAGAGCGAAAAGACAAGAGAGCAUACAGCAACAACAGCCUUCAUUACGAUCGAUACAAAAUGACGAGUGCCUUCAGCUCGAGUCAGCUACAUUCGUCUUAAAUAGCCAGUCGUACGCUAAGUGGUACUACCACUGGGAGAGUGGAGCUAACAUAAUUCAGCGUGAAACAAAACAUGUCCUGAAAGCUUAUGUUUUCUAUCAGAUGCAAGUAUCAGGAUCCUUUAAAAGCUUCCAUCAACAAGAUGCAACCAGACUAGAGCUGCUGUGCAUAGUAAAGUCGCCGCCAUUCACAGUUGUCUCGUAUCGUCGCUCAACACUGGAUGCUUCAACUGAUCUAUCAGAUUCUUGUCCUGUGGGCGUGUAUACCACAGCAUCAAUGAUGUUACACUAUGGCACAGAUGCAGCUUACGUAUUUGAUACAAGUUUGCGCCGUCUAGUGCAGCGUAAAAUCUCGACAGCUUUUCAAGAAUAUACUGCGAUUAAUCAGCAGUGCCAGGAAAGUUUUUGUAAUAGUCCAUCGGCUGAAACUGUUGAUUCACUGGAACUGAAGCGUCAUUUCGCAUCACGAAACGAAAAUUACAUUAAUCAAGACCUGUAUUGUCAAUUCCAACCAUCAGAAGGGUGGGAAUUCACUGGAUUACGGAUGCAGAAAUCACCCGCCUUAAGAUCACGAUGCGGUCGUAUUCAAACCUUUGACCAGUGGCUUCUUCGUGGUAAUAAAAGUCGGCGGAGCAUUAAGCACGUGUCCAAGCGUAAAAGGGAAAAGGAUGGAAAAGAUAAUACAAAAUACGAUGAGGGAGAAUCUCACAAUGAGGUCAUUCGACCACGAUCACCCUUUUCAACAACAGAAGCAUUGUCACCUGCAGACAAUAGUGCGGAUCUUACUCCUAACUGGAUUGAGCAGCAAGAUAAUUUCGCGAUUAGACAACAACAAAAUGAACUGCAGCAGCUUUCGGAUCUAUCGAUCAUUUAUUUUCUUGCAUCUCACGUAUCUUUCUGCGGCAUCAAGCAUUCAGUUAGGCUAGAGCUCGUGUUGACAAGUGCAAUCUCACAGCACUGGCAAGCUGCAUCAGCCAAAGCUGCAGAUCUAGCAAAGUUUUUGCUUACUGUUGCGACGAGGGAACAUCGAAGCUCGACAGAUUUUUUUGCAGAUGAUACGUCCCAGACUAAGGAGAAAGAUGUAUUGCUUGUGGUUGCUGAGUGUGACUCCAUUGGAGUUGGUGCUGUAUAUCGAGACGGUAAUAGGCUUCGAACUGCCUACUUGACAUGCGUUGGACGAUAUUGGGGUGCGCUCGAUGACUUUCUUCGAAAGUCGGGGCCUACUUAUAGGAGCAUACGUAGUGUGCGGGAACUAAGUGAUGCUGUGUUGGGCGUUGUUUUUAGUGAUCCUGGUCUAAGAGAGCUGCGCUCUGGAUUAAGAAAUAAACUCCAGCAAUCCACGAUAAAUGAGGUAGUCAUUGGUAAAAGACAAAUUGUCGCGACAGAUUUUGAGGCGUAUAUCGCGUGUUGCGAUCUUGCAGGAUGGCAGGGAUUCGUAGCCCAAGUGCGAGAAGGCUAUUUGAGACAGCAAAUCAGGGUACAAGAGAUUUUGUAUAGUCCAAAUCAGCAAGCGAGCAUCCAAUCAUGGCGAUGGAAAGCCGACUAUUCGCUACGACAAGAUAGUUUGAUAAUCAACUACCACACAAGAAAACUGCGUCGAGAUCCCCAUGAAGCACAAGUGAGGUGCAUUGAGGAUAUGACUGGCGUUCAAGAUCAGGAUGUGCCGUCAAUAUGGUCAUCGUGCCAUGCGCUUUCGCAACUGCUGCGAAUAACGCUUGCAGGUGCCGGAGACCCCCUGCACACUCUAUAUAUACAAGCAUAUGCAUCAGUGCUGCCGAAGAAAGAUGCUUGGCUGCAGCUUCUUUGUGAUGCACAGAUUCGUGUUGCUCCAAUCGCCUUAAACGGCUUGACAAGCUUAUUAGGUGGAUCAUCGUAUGAGUUUGGGGAAUUCUAUUGGUGGCCGGCACAGAACGAAAACAACGCGAUGCAGAUAUCUACUGCCUUCCGGUGCGUCACUUACUUGAGAAUUGCAAUUGGUGGCGAGUUUAUGGAAGGAGUCAUGAAUUUGGAGCGUGGUAUUGUGAGUCGCGAAGCCAUCAUGGCAGCUGGCGUUUCGGACCUGAAGCUGUUGACGCCAGUUGCGCGAGUGCAGACUGUUACUUAUUGGGAACCGUGGUUGUCGACCGAAGCCGAGCUACUAUCCACUACAGAGCAUCGGCGUGGGUCUGAGCAGCUAAGGGUGCGCAAGACUCUCGGCGAGAGUGCAAUUGUGGUCAGCUCACGGGAGCCAGCCGCGGGAGCGGUGUCUGUCGCCGGGCCACAUCUUGAUGAACAAAAUGUGGUCUGCAUCUAUGUGGAGCAAAUAGCUGGCCGGUGGGUCGACAAAGAGUAG